CACAACAUUCCUGUGGUGGACAGAGGAAGCAGAGUAUUGAAGUGUUCUCCCUACAAAAGUUGUGGUUAUCAUGAUGGAAUGAAAUUAUAUAAUGUUUACAGACCCUAUAUCAUAAUUGAUAAAGUAAUUAAUUAACUUAGAAGACACAGCCACAAAUACACAAUAAUGAUACUGUCACGUGCAAAACCUGCUUUGGCUUCAAAUGCGGCAGCAGAAGUUAACUCCAGUGGUAACAAGAAGGUGUUACCUAAGUUGGACGAUUUUCUAAAGAAGCGAGACUUUACAGGAGCUAUUACUCUAUUGGAGUUUCAGCGUAGUAGUGGCAACACAAAUGAACUAAAUGAUCAAUGGAUUGGAUAUUGUGCAUUCCAUCUGGGUGAUUAUAAACGUGCACUACUAGAGUUUCAGACCCUUACAGUGCAUCACAAGAGCCCAGCCCCAGAAAACUGGAUCAGUCUAGCAUGUUGUUACUUCUACUUAGGCAUGUACCCUGAGGCUGAGGAGUCAGCAGAAAAGGCUCCAAAAACAGCUCUUCGAACAAGGCUGUUUUUUCACCUGGCACACAAAUUUAAUGAUGAGAAGCGACUGAUGAUGCACCACCAGCAACUGGAAGAUGUAAUCGAAGACCAGCUUAGUUUGGCCUCUAUACACUAUCUACGUUCACACUAUCAAGAAGCCAUUGAUAUUUAUAAGCGUAUAUUACUGGAUAAUAGAGAGUACCUGGCACUGAAUGUGUAUGUGGCCUUGUGUUACUACAAGCUAGACUACUAUGAUGUAUCUCAAGAGGUGCUGGCAGUGUACCUCCAACACUACCCAGACUCUCCUAUUGCUAUAAAUCUCAAAGCCUGUAACCAUUUUAAACUCUAUAAUGGGAAAGCUGCAGAACAAGAACUAAGAGCAUUACAGGAUGUGACAUCUUCUCCACUAACAUUUGCCCAAGAUCUAGUGCGGCACAACUUGGUGGUCUUUCGAGGUGGGGAGGGAGCACUGCAAGUCCUCCCCCCUUUGGUUGAUGUUAUUCCUGAAGCUAGACUAAACCUAGUCAUAUACUAUCUUAAACAGGAUGAAGUACAGGAGGCUUAUGCUCUCCUGAAGGACCUAGAACCAACUGUUCCACAAGAAUACAUUCUAAAGGGAGUAGUUAAUUCAGCCAUAGGUCAGGAAACAGGAUCGCGUGAAAACUUGAAGAUUGCCCAACAGUACUUCCAAUUGGUGGGUGGGAGUGCCUCUGAGUGUGAUACUAUUCCUGGGAGGCAGUGCAUGGCAUCCUGUUUCUUCCUUCUCAAACAGUUUGAUGAUGUCCUUCUGUAUCUGAACUCAAUUAAAUCUUACUUCUACAAUGAUGAUACAUUCAACUUCAAUUAUGCUCAGGCCAAAGCUGCUGUAGGUGAUUACAAAGAGGCAGAAGAAGUUUUUCUUCUUAUACAAAAUGAGAAGAUAAAGAAUGACUAUGUAUUUCUCUCUUGGCUGGCCAGAUGCUACAUUAUGAACAGUAAGCCCAGGCUAGCUUGGGAAUUGUACCUAAAGAUGGAAACAUCAGCAGAGGCCUUCAGUUUAUUGCAACUAAUUGCCAAUGAUUGCUACAAGAUGGGUCAGUUUUACUAUGCAGCAAGAGCAUUUGAUGUUCUAGAGAGACUGGAUCCCAAUCCAGAAUAUUGGGAGGGCAAGAGAGGUGCUUGUGUGGGCAUGUUCCAGAUGAUAAUUGCUGGCAAAGAGCCAAAGGAUUCACUUGGUGACAUCCUACAGUUACUUCGAAACACUGCCAACCCCCAAGUGGAAGGAAUCAUCCGUGUCAUCAAGAAGUGGGCUAAGGACAACCAUAUACCAGUGUAGCAUUUUUAACUGUGGCAUCAUAACAUACAAUUUAAUAAAGUGUCUUUAUUUAAUCCUCUGAAUGCUAUGGUCAACUUUACCGAGUUUAUUCUGGGUAAUGCCAGACGAUUUUAUUCAGCUGAAGGGAACCCUUAAAAAUCAGAGGAUUAAAAGUGUACGUACUAUAGUUCAUUUAUUUAUAUUAAAGAA